AUGCCUAAUUUUGUUCGCAAGUUACGGGGCGGGUCCCGCCAAUUACCUCAACCGAAGGAUGAUAUGGGCAGUGAGGAUCCGCAGAGAAGCGGCCCCGAUCUCGAAAGGCGGCCGACAUCGAGAAGGCAACAAGUUCCCGAAUCGCAUCUCCAGCAAGAAAAAGGAGAGAUUCGGCGCCGAGAAGGGAGAAGACUGAAUGAGGCCCGCAAGGACGAAGAGGUCAUCAAGCCCCCGAAACAGGGGGAACUGCGCUCGAGAAAAAAUCCGACUAGCUCGAAGGAACCGGCAUCGGAGGUCCAGGAAGAGCAAAUGAAAAGAGAAAGGAUGUCAAGGGUUCAAAGCUUAGAUUGGCGUGCUGAGGAAGAAUUGAACUUUCUGAGGCAUAACAAUGCACGCCUAUUUGAGGAGGUGACCGAAUUGCAGCACCACACCAAACGACUCCAGAGACUGCUAACGGAACAAACCUCUGAAAGGGAAAAUAGAAUGCGCCACGAGAUCCAGAAGCGUGAAGGAGAACUCGAUGAUUUGAAAAAUCAAAAUGCGCGUUUGUCCAGUGAACGAGAUGCCAUGCUAGAACAGAUCCGGAUUGCACAAGAGGGAGCUCUUCAGGCUAUGAAAAAGGGAGAUUGGGCCCCAAAGGAAGACCAGCAAAUUUGGCGCGACUUGACAAAGUUAGAAGACAAAUUAAAAGCCUGGGCGAAAACUUAUUCGCUCGUUGAUAUCAACGUCGUGGAGUCUGCUUCGGCUGCCGACAAAAACGCCAUUAUCGAUCAAUUGGGAGGGUAUUGCAUACAAGAGGACUGGGAGGAUGUGGUCAGCAGACUAACGCCAGCACUGGCAAAACGAGCUCCCAUGCUUUUUACGCAUGGUGCAUUGGCUAAAGAAAUCUAUUCGAAGGUAUUCAGUGCCCCUUUUUUUGUUUUGCGCGGACAUGGCAAAAAUUCCGAGUUUUUCGAGGAUGAGAUGUCCCGUCUUUACGAACGUUUGAGCAAAGUGGACAAGACUGAAGCACACAUUUGGCGAUCAAGUAUGCUCCGAUUGCUAGCACAGUCGCUGGCAGAUCCCACCUCUGGAUAUCACUCGCCGGCGAUGUCCCAAGCCGAGAGCAAUAAGCUUAGCCUGGAUUUCAUCAACGGCCCGAGCCGGUUGCUUUUCAAACAAUUGGACGAGGUGAAUCAAGCCAAGCGCCAGAAAGAACUCGAAACGCUAUUUUGCGAAGCUGGAGAGCUAUCCCUUUCAUUGUGGUGCCAGAGGACGUUUAUCAAGUGCUACGACUUGAAGAUGUUAGGAUCACAGCCUUUCCAUGCAGGUCAUGACGCUGUGAUUCCCCACAGGCUCCAUAAGCUUGAUGAUGAGGAUGACAGGCUGAAUGGUGCAGAGAUGAUUGCAGUAGUUCAACCGCUCAUAUUGGCCUUUGGGGAUGAAGACGCAGAGGGAUAUGAUUCGCACAGGAUCUGGGCUAAAGCAGUGGUUUUAAUUGAUGAAAACAGCCAUGUGGAUGAAGAAGGAGGAAGAUUGCAGAUGUAA